UCUUCCGCUCUUUUUGACUGGGCCCCCUCCUCUGCUUUCUGGGCUCUCGUGCGAUACGCCAUUGACGCGACAGCACAAAGUCUUUCUCCCGCCAUUCUCGGUGGUGCACGCAAACCUUAUCCUGUCGGACCUUCGGCUUCCAGUACGAUGCCUUCUUGUGUUGUACAGGGCUGUUUUUCCGGAGGAAGGAGAAAAGAGGAAGGGGUCAUUUUGCAUGUAUUCCCAAAAGAGAGGGAGAUGAUAAAAAGAUGGCUUAUAGAGACAGGGCAAGACUUUGGGGAUAUUGAAGCCUUUACAGACAAAAUUAUUGAAGGAAAAAAAUAUGACACAUACAGAAUGUGCUCUAAACACUUCAGAGAAUAUUGCUACACACAGUCUGAUGGUUUCCGCAAAUGUUUGCGUAAAGAUGCUAUACCAACUAUCUUUGAUCUCCCGACAACCUCAAAUGAAACUUGCAUCCUCUUACCAUCAGGCAAGCGGAAAAGACUUGAUGACGAACAUGAUUCAUUUAUGGAGUACCAGUUUACUCAUGGAGAGAUUUGCCCCACGUGUGGGCAUGUCUUUGAAGAAAAGCCAAAGACAGAAGACAAAGGUAUAGUAACUGAACCUAUGGGAAGAAAACUGCGCUCAACGCAAACUGAUCCAAAAUGGGGAAAGAGAACCAUGUCAACUGAAACAAAGAUUAAAAAAUACCACAAAAAAAUCCAGUGUAGGCGACUUUCUGAAAAGAAAUUAAAGUCCUUGUCUCUCCUUAGCUCUUCUGCUAAACAUCAGUUGAUUGGGACAAUAACGGACAGUGAUGACAGUUUUGACAGUGAUAAUGAGAGUAAAAGCAGCGGGGGCAGCCCACAACAUGAAUUUGAGUCCACUUUUCAGCUUCCUUUAGCUCCCCGUAAUGAGCCCUCAAAAAUGGAAGUAACACAUACUGAUAGACUCGAUCUAAAACUCCGCACAGAAGAGACGCACUCCAUAUGCAGAGAUCCCGUAAAAGACCGCAAAUUUCUCGUUUUUGAAAGCUGUCUAGAUGAACUAAUCCUGUCAAUUCCAUGCAGAGGAGAGCAAGGCUGUGAUCGACCGAUUGUUAAAAUUUGGAAAGAAGUAAAUGGUACUUUAAUAACUGUUCAUGUUUCUUGUGGUAAUCACAGCUAUAAACUGUGGGAAAGCCAACCGCGAACUGGAGGAAUACCGGUGGGCAAUCUCUUAGUGUCGUCUGCUAUUCUGUUCAGUGGAUUAACCUUUGUGAAGGUCAGACACCUUUUCUAUAUUUUGGGACUUCUAUGUAUAGAUAAGGCAACACACCUAAAAAAUCAAGUUUACCAUCUCUUUCCUACUAUCAGUUCCCAGUGGAAUUUAGAACAAACUGCGAUCAUAGACAACCUGAAGAAAAGUCCACUUUGCCUGGCUGGGGAUGGCCAGUGCGAUCGUCUGGGGCACUUGACAAAGCAUGGCAUCUAUACGCUGAUUGACAUCAACAGCAAGAGGGUUGUAUCUUUCCACAUUGAACAACUUUCUGCUGGAACUUCUUAUUUUGGUCUAAAAACAGAAGCUUGCAAGCAGGCUCUAAGGAAUCUUGCUAAAAAGCAGUUAAACAUAAAAAUUGUAUGCACGGAAAGAAAACUAAGCCUUCGUAAAAUGAUGAAGGCACACUUUCCAUCGAUUAUACAUCAGUAUGAUAUCUGGCAACUGUCUAAAUCCAUUGGCAACAAAUUGAUCAAGGUUAGUAGAAAACAAGAUUGUGAAGAACUAGCCAAGUGGGUCACUGCCGUUAGGGAGCACCUGUGGUGGAGUGCAAGUACGUGCAAUGAGGACCGUUCUCUUCUAAUUGAGAAAUGGAACUCCAUCUUAUUCCACAUUGUUAACAAACAUUCAUGGGAAGGGAGCGACACUUACAGUUGCUGUAGCCAUGAACCAGUGGUUACCUCUAAGUUUGGUCCAAAGAAAUGGCUUGAGCAAGAUACCAUAGUUCACAAUGAACUAAUAGAAGCUGUGUUGGACCGGAACCUAAAAAAAGACCUACAGCAAAUGUCCUAUUUCUCUCAUGCCAGGGAGUUUGAUGUCUUCCGCAGUGCCAUUCGGAAAUAUCGAUCCAAGAAGAAACACCUCGUAACGGAUGGCAUAACCGCACGCACACAACUAGCCGCACUAUAUCACAACCACAAUGUACACCUUGUCCAGCAACAGGCCCGAACGGCUUCAGAGAUCUAUUCGCUAGGAAAAACGCGUUUCAAAGCUCAGAGACAAAAGAUUAUUGGCGCAUUAUAUAAGCCUUCAACCCAAGAUUUUCUGUUUCCAAUAAUGUCAGAGCUUAUCAAGAUGGCCCCUAAACAUCGGGAUAUUAAUCGGGAACCUAAAAGGAGAAUAAGGUACUGAGAAGGUCGAGGAUGCUGACUGAGGCUUUGAAGAUCUUUCUAAUAUCAACACUGGUUUCCAUAUUGCCACUGUGACUGUUUUUAGAAGACCAAAAAAAUGUUUUGGUUUUAGAAUAAAAAAUUUAAACAAAGCAAAGCACUUACAUUUGAUGGGUUGAAUAUACAGCAUUAGGGUCUUAUUUCUAUUUUUUUUUAUAAAAAGUACAUCUGAGUAACUUGACUUUUUUUUUUUAUAUAUAUAUUAAUAAACUUAUA